AUGUCACGGAAGCGCUCCCGCUCGUCCUCCUGCUCCGCGCCCUCCGCCUCCGCCGCCUCGCCCGCCAUCCUCCUCAGCGGCGGUAGCCAGGCGCUGCAUCGGGACGCCGUCGACAAGUUCCGCGCCGGAGAGCUGUGCGACGUCGAGCUCGAGUCGGCGGAUGGCGAGACAGUCGGGGCGCACAGGAUCGUUUUGGUCGGCGCGAGCAAAUACUUCAAGACGUUGUGGUCUGGGAAGUGGCCCGGCGACUGCCGCGGCCCGCUUGACCUCACAGCUCUCUCGACCGCCUGUCUUAAAGCGUGCCUCGAGUUUGCCUACACGGGCGAGGCGGAGGUGGCGGACGAGGAUGCGCUCGCCGAGCUGCUUGCGGGCGCGGCGUUCCUGCAGAUGGAUGAGCUUCUCGAAGCUGCGGCGGAGGCAUACGUGUCGCGCCUCGCCGCCUCCAACGCUCUCGCGGUCUGGGAGCUGGCAGACCGAAUCGGGCGGCUGCCGCGGCUCGCAGAGGCGGCGGCCAAGGCUGCGCGCGCGAACUUUGGCGAGGUGGUGGCGGGAGGGGAGGCGUGGACAGCGGCGCCAGCGUCGAUCGUCCGCUCUCUGCUCGAGGACGACCGGCUGCGCGCGAGCGAGGAGGAUGUGUACCGUGCUGGCGUGGCCUGGCUGCAGGCACACGACCCGCCGCCCGGCGAGGAGGAGGUGGCGGCGCUGCUCUCGCGUGUGCGGUGCGGCACCCUCGCGUGGGCUGCGGACGCCGCCUCGACCCGCCAGGCCUCGCGCCGGCGCGAGGGCCAGCUGGUGACGCUCGAGUCGCGCACGCUGACUCUGAUGGCGCCGACGGCCGAGGCCAAGGAGAUGUGGGUGGUCGGCAUCAACGCGAUCCUGUCCGGGCUCUACUUUUGA